AUGGCCUUGCAGUACCUCGACAGUGUGAACCCACUGGACGACUUCUUUACCGCAGAAGACUCUCCAAUUGGCACUCCUGGGCCGCGCCUUGCCGGAGGAAGUGGCACCGUUGGGUUGCUGCUUAAACACUGCCUGCAAAGGCAAGACGACGACAGCAGCUUUGACGAAGAUGCUUUCCUCGACAACUUGGUGCUCGAAGCUGUUGGCCCCAUACAAGCUGUAGAGGAGAUUGAGAAGAAACUGGCAGAGCAACACCAAGAGGUGCAAAGACUGGCGGCUCUCGUGGAAGCACAGGAAAUGCGCAAGAAGGAGCUGCAGCAAAGCAAACUGAAAAUCCAGUGCUUCGAGAAAUACUUUGAAGAGAUGGCUGCACACUUCGAAGCUAGGAGGGUAGAUGUGGAAAAGAAUGAGAAGAAGCUUGCCACCCUUGGUGCCACGAGAGCAAAGUUGGAGGAGGAGCUGGCCGAUGUGCAGGCAGCAUUACGAGAGCAACACGCACGCCACGAGGACGUGCCCGCACUGAAGCAGCGGCAGCACAGACUCCAGCAGGACCUCUCGUCUGCGCGCUCGCAACUCGAGGCACUUCGGCAACAGCACGAACUCUCCAGUCUGAAGUUGUACAACACUGACGAAAAGCUUCGCGCUGAAAAUGCCCAGCUACAGGCAAGCUUCAAGUCCUCUACCACCUGCCUGCGUCGUGUGCUGCCAAGAAACACUCUUGAUGACUUCGACCUGCGACCAGUGGAGGAUGCCAGAUCUCUUCAGAGGCACAUUGCCUCAAACACAGCAGCUGCCGCUAAGGUGGCCGACCAGCUCGGUCGUAUGGAGAAGGAACUGCAGGGCUGCAUACAACAAGAUCAGGAUCUGUGCGAGCAGUAUACAUUCAAAGUGGAAGACCUGGAGCGAGACCUGCAGCUGAAGCAAGAGCUCAUUGCCAAGCACAAGUCAUACUGGGCAGAGCAAACGGCCGACAUGCGCAAGAACGCUCAUGAUCUGGACAAGGAGUAUGCCGAUAUCUGCAAGGCAACCUCUGACCUUCGGCAGAAGCUAACCACCGAUCCAGAAAUCAAGGCCGCUCAGGAGUCUGAAAAGCACCUGGCUAACCUCCAGAAGCAGCUGGCAGAGACCAUUGCUCGGCAGGAUGAAACCAUUGCUGCCAGUGAUGCCGCCUUACACCAAUGCGCAGAUGCUGCACGUGUCACUUACAGGGAGAUCAUGGACACAAUCAAGGAAACGCACGACAGCUUCGUAGACGCCAUUGAAGAAAACAUGAGACUGAGAAAACAAUGAGAUGUUCUUCUGUAAUUAUUGCUGUUGUCUGUACAUUUGCGUAACUUCAGAUCUCAAUAAACCCCCUAACCAGAGCCGUGCUUGCCCUACCUAUGUACAUACAGAUAUCGCCAAGGGCUAGUCCACGCUGUUUCUAUUCCUUUGCCGUGAACAUGUCUCAAACGUCUCUACUCAUCUAAAACGCCUACUGCAGAGUUUGGACCACUCACAUGUUUGUAUCGUGUACUUUACAUUUGUUCCAUUGUUAGCAUUUCUGCCCUUUGCGGGAUGUUGUGUGUUAUUGAACGUUUUCGUUGAUGAAGUACUGAACACAUGCUCUAUUCUUGUACUCGUAUGACCACGUUGCACGAAAAUCCUCAAAGGUGGAAGUAGUAGAAGAAAUUUUAUCUCCUUGUACAUAGUUUAUGUAGCUGAACUAAGAGUUGCUGUUUUUAUCAUGUUCUAUUUAAAUAGUUUUUGCAGCUGGGUUCCACCACCCUUUCAAAUGACCUUUUUAAAACUGAGUUUUUUAUUCUUAAUAUU